UUACUCCCGGUUUUGCAGUUUCCUCUACUAAAGACAGCCAUGUCGCGGCAUGUUUUGCCACUCAGUCCCGAUUGAGGGGGCGUGUUCCGGUGGGAAAGUGACGUCAGUGCAUACCUUAUAGAGGACGUUAACAGUACGUCGCCACAACCACAUUUUGUUAGGAGGGCUGUGAUCAACGAUACUGUUUUAUAAAAAGCCGCACAGGUACACGAGCUCACCUGUCCCUGCUGCGUCUCCUGUUGCCCGGGGCAGCCGUUACCAUGGGGAAGGCCUUCUCCCAGCCGCCGAGAGGCAAGGACGACAGCCAGGCGGACCUGACGUCCGCGCCGGAGUACAGCGACGUCCACGGCGAGGACAGCAAGGACGUGUCCCAGUUCCCUUACGUGGAGUUCACUGGCCGAGACAGCGUCACCUGCCCCACCUGCCAGGGCACCGGCCGGAUCCCACGGGGCCAGGAGAACCAGCUGGUUGCUCUGAUCCCCUACAGUGACCAGCGGCUGCGGCCCCGGAGAACAAAGCUGUACGUCACGGCGUCCGUGGCCGUCUGCCUCCUCCUGUCCGGCCUUGCCGUCUUCUUCCUCUUCCCUCGCUCCAUCGACGUCUCCUACGUGGGCGUCAAGACCGUCUUCGUCACCUACGACCAGGACAAGAGGAUCGUCUUCCUCAACGUCACGAACACUCUGAACAUCACCAACAACAACUACUACUCUGUGGAGGUGGCCAACAUCACGGCGCAGGUGCAGUUCGCCAAGACGGUGAUCGGGAAGUCCCGCGUCAGCAACGUCACUACCAUCCGCCCUCUGGACAUGCAGCAGAUCGACUACAUGGUUCCCACCGUCAUCGCUGAUGAGAUGAGCUACAUGUAUGACUACUGCACUCUGCAGACCAUUAAGGUGCACAACAUCGUGGUGAUGAUGCAGGUGACUGUUACCACGGCGUACUUUGGCCACGCGGAGCAGGUUUCCCAGGAGAUGUACCAGUACGUGGACUGCGGUGGGAACACCACCUCCUUGCACGGGCAUGCCCAGACGUCCAGCGUCAUCGCACACCCCGAAUAACAGCCCCGCCCCCUCCGCCCUCCCGCGCGGCCGCAGCGAGCCCCCCUCAGUCUCCGGUCCUGCCCGGGCUCUUCUUCCGGAAGGUUCCACCGUCUUCAUCUUUACAACGAGAAAAAGCGACGAUGACAAGUGAUCUCCUGCUGUUUUUAGAUGCCGUACAGCUGUGGUGCCAACGCGUGGCUGGUUGAAGAUGAGCGUCUGGGGGGGCAGCCAUGCCUGGUGAGCGAGCUUGGGUUCGGGUGGGCGAGAUUACCCCCCCAUUCCUCUGGAGUCUCAGUGGUAUUUCGGAAGGGGAUUUUUAAAGGGAAAAAUAUUUAGUGAAAUACGCACUUUAGAUGAGCAGCAGUAAGCUACAGGAGAUGGUCUCUCAGUUCCGGUUCACUAACCUCUCAGAAACACUGACGAAACCACUUUCAAUGGUGUCUGUAUAUAGAGUUAUUCUUUUUUCUGUUUUAACAAAAUCAAAGUAAAAUUAUCUUGUGGUGUUGCGUUUUAACUGGUGCUUGUGAAGUUGUCUGUCUUAUUUCAGAUGGUUGUUUAAGCAUUCAAAAACCAUUUGCUUUUUUCUUCUUUUUUUUCCGAGGUUCUCAAUUCAGUUUAAAGCUUAUGGUGGCUACCAUGACAACCAUUUCAUUACCUCACCCCAGGGGCGAUACGAUGGGGCCCAGAGCAGUGUGUUGUCACAGAAACGAGACGGGUCCUCUGCCAAUCACAGAGUACAUUGGUAAAAGCUGAUUUGGGUGUCAAUUUUGCAUUUGGCAGAUGCUCUUAUUCAUGGGGCCAAGUAUCUCCAGUUCCCUCCCCAAUUUGGAGUGGAACCACAGCCGCAUUCAUGCAAGAAACUCGUCAGAGUCCCGAGUCUGAGCCCCGAUCCCGAGUCUGAGUCCCGAGUCUGAGUCUUCAUACGUGGCUUUCGCGUACAGUCCGCGGGCGCCCGAUAGACCAGCCGUGGUCGCUGAAUGGCGGUGAACGUGGAUCCCUAACUGACUGAACCCCCCCGUACCCUGGGUGAUGCAAUCCUUAACCGAACAAGCCAUCCAGCAGCCCCCAUAGAUUACAUUCUAGGCAGUUUAUUUGUACAUUGAAGUAAAGUCCCUUAAGCAAGGGUGAAACAGCAGUGGCCCAGCUGGGAUUCAAACCCACAACCUUAACUUCACAAGCGCAGUUCCUUACACUAUGCUGCUAAUACAGGCGCCAUGGUAAUUAAGGGAUAUCUUCUGUGUUGUCGUCCCUUAUUUAAUGCAAGCUCUGUGAUUGGUAGAGAUGCUCUCUGGUUUCUGAGUGGAAUCUGAGGACACGCCUGUCCUGCCCCCCCCCCCCCCCCCCCCCGACACAGGGAGUGACCUGUAGGGGGUGCGGGUCCUCUGUUUUGGAUAAGCUUGGGAUUCUGGGAACACUGCGCACUCUACCUUGUGGAGUUGGCUAAGCGUAACAGCGGCUCAAAUGGGACGUUCUUAUUUCCUGUUGAGUGCUGUGGUAAGGAAGCACUUUCCCACUUCACAGUUACUGAGCCCAGUUCCUCUUGUCUGUUUGCACAGAACCGUUCACCUCUGUAACACUAUUUUAUGGUAUGCAAAAAAAAACAAGCUAUCACCUUUGUAAAAUUCGGAAAUUAAAUUGUUCACGCAUCCAUUAUAAAAGCGUUUAGCACCGGUGUUAGUCGCUUUCAUAGUGGACGCGCUAUUUACCGCGAGUGAGACCUGUUGGAAAUUUUGAGUACAUGCGCUAUGACCGCCCCCUUGUGACUGUUUUUGGCAGGUGCAGUUUCUGUGAAUUCAGAAUUGUGAUUGGUACGGGUAAUUCAGACAACGCGACCCUCUCGAAUUUAGGUCCUGAAUCAAAUUCAGACGAGACAUUUCAUCUCUUGAAUUUUAAUUUAAUUUAUUUCUUUAUUUGAAAAGGGACAAUGUACAUUAAUCAACAUUUAAACAAAUGUAAAUGUACCCGAGUUAGCCAAAAGGCUAGUUUUGAUUGGCAGUCCCUUUGUAAUUACUGUAAUUUGGCACAUACAUCAUGUAAGGUUUGUUUAAGCAGAAUUUAUUUCAUCUUUUAACAGCAAAUCAGCAAAACAGCUGAAUUUAACGCUACAUCUUUAGCUAUGUGCUUUCUUAGAAGGGAUUUGGGCAUCCUAACAUUGUUUUUAAAUAGACAUUUUUAAAAGAAAUUUGCAAGAACAUGUUUCUGAAGAAGAAAGUUGAUAAAUCCAUGUGUUUGUUUGGUGUCGUAGGUUUUAGGAACAUAUGUAUAGCCUAUACAUGUAUGGACACCUUGGUUUGUUUCAUUGUAAAUAUGAGGUUACACUUUUACGGGGAUUAAUACUUUGUUAUGGGAUGUAAUCCCUGUGAUUAAAUCCACAAAUCAUUUUGAUUAACAAUGUUUGAAACUUGAGCAUACAUUUUGUACAGGUUUAGUUGUUGGUAUGUCUUUUUCCAUUUUUUGGCACGUGUUCCAGCACGGUUGUGGUCCAUCGGAAGCACUGAGCUUCGAGCUGGAUUAUCGCUCCGGUGGAAAAGCCGGGUAUGAAUUCGUUCCUGGUUUGCACGUGCCCGACGCAUCGUGUGCGGACUUGCACUCGCAUCAUUAUGAAGGGGUGACAAGUACAGUUUCCUAGUUAAGCUGGAGACUUGCGCUCAUCAUGUUGUGGUCACAUCGAUCAGUAUGAAACCUUUUUGUCUUCUGAACAUUUCAGUUUUGCUGUGGGUUAAAAAUGCAAUAAAGUCAUUUAAGGAUUAA